AUCUCUCGCUCUUUCUCUCUUCCCCCUCCCUCCCUCUCUAUCUCCCUUCUCGCUCUCUUUCGCUCGCUCUCCAUCCCGCGGUCACCACACACAGUCGGUACCCUCUCUCCUCCUCACUCGGCUAAGAUUCUGGUAGUCGCCUAUAGCUUACGUAACAAACAUCUCUCGCCAGCACCACCACUACCAUCAUCAGCAUCAUCAGCAGUAUCAUCGGCAGCAUCAUCAGCAGCAGCAGCGUCGGCCCCCCUCUUUUAUCCUCUCCCUCUCAUCCUGUCAAACCAAAACCACCACCACCACAAGCACCACCAGCGCCGUCAUUAACAGCAACAACAACAGCAGCAGCGGCAGCAUCGGGCGAUCAGUAGCCACGGAGAUAAUGCUCACAAUAAGACUGCCGAUAAUACAAUAGCCACAACCGCGUUAACCGCAACCACGCUCAUCCGCAGUCACCGCUGCUCGAGCGACAUCGACGGACGCCAACCAAAAACAAACUGGAUGCUGAAAUCUCCGAUAGCGCAGUCCAAGUGCGAAGAUCAGAUACAGCCCAGGCUGCAGCAGCAGCAGCAGAAUCAUCGUCAUCAGUAGCAGCGUCAUAAACAGCUGCUAUUGCAGCGCAAACAACAGCAUCAUCAUCAGCAGCAGCAGCACCAUCAUUCAUCAUCAUCAGCAGCAGCUGCGUCGGUCGCGCGCAACGCUAGCGGUAUAAGCAGCAGCAGCAGCAUCAUCAACAUCGUCAUCAGCAGCAGCAUCAUCAGCUGAUCGUUGAGCUGCCAAGAAGGUGCGUCGAGAUGGAUACGAGUUACCUGGUGUGCGGAGUGGCGUUCGUCUUCCUGAUGUUCUUCCAAGGUCUCCCCGCGCGCUCUGCGGACUUUCCGAGGCAGAUGGACAACAUCACUGUGCGCCAGGGAGAGAGUGCGCUCCUCAAGUGUCAGAUCGACGGGCGGGUGACUCGCGUCGCCUGGCUCAACCGCUCGAGCAUCCUGUACGCGGGCGGCGACCGCUGGACGCUGGACCGCCGCGUGUCGCUGGCGUCGCACACGCCCAGCGAGUACAGCGUGCGGAUCGCCGGCGUGACGGCGCACGACGAGGGCCCUUACACGUGCUCUAUUCAGACCCAAAACCACCCUAAGACAUCUCAGGUGCAUGUGAUAGUACAAGUCCCACCCAAGAUCGUUAACAUUUCGAGUGACGUCGUGGUUAGCGAGGGCUCUAACGUGACCCUGGUGUGCGUGGCCACGGGCCGCCCGGACCCCGUGCUCUCCUGGCGUCACCUCUCCCAGUCCGCGCUGGAGUUUGAGGAGGGGGAGUUCCUGGACAUCGAGUCGAUCCGCAGGGACCAGGCGGGCGAGUACGAGUGCAGUGCAGCCAACGAGGUGUCCGCUCCCGAUGUGCGCCGCGUUCGCGUCUCCGUCAAGUACGCCCCCACCAUCACCGAGGCUCGCAGUGUCGGAGUCCCCGUGGGCCGCUCCGUGAUGUUGCGCUGCGAGGCGCAGGCCGAUCCCUCCGCAAGCUUUACGUGGUUCAAGGAGGAUCGCAGGCUGCUGAACGGCCUGGCCGGGCUGCACAUCCAGAGCAGCGGGCGCCACUCGCUGCUCACGUUCGUGAACGUCACGGAGGAGACGUACGGCAACUACACGUGCGUCGCCGCCAACGUGCUGGGCGCCAGCAACGCCAGCAUGCUGCUCUACAGCCCGGGAUCAGUGCGUGAUGACAACAAUGGUGGCAGUGCGAAGGCCGUGGCGAGCCCGUGGCUUCUCCUCCACGCGACGUUCCUCCUGCUCAUCCUCGCCCAGACGAUCUCCUGCAACUAAAAUGAAACGGCUCCACCAAUCAAACGGGGAUAAUGUCAUCACCAUCGACAACAAACAUCAAACAACAAACUUCAACAACGCAUUUGGCAACUACUACAACAGCAACGACUACGAUGACAAUAUUCACAACGAUAAGAAUAAUGACAACAAUAAAGAAUAUCAAUAAUGCAAUGGUAACAAAAACAUCACAUCAUAAUGUAGCCUAUUCAUAUGAAUGAUUAUACAUCGUUGAUCGUAAGACCUCAUCUAUUAUCCAGGGCUUAAUUUGCUCACGGAAGAGUUUUCCCAGGUUGUCCCUCUUGUAAGCGCGGUGUGGACUACCACUGCUCCUACUAACCAGUGCUAACCAGCCGAUGGUGGCAGGUGCAUGUAUACUGGCUGUGGUGUGCCGGAAUGUGUUGGCAAGAAAAAUGUGUUUGCCCUGUUCGCCCACCUGGGGUUGAAAAGGAAGCCCCCUUUUGCCCGCAGUCAUCGCUUGAGAUGCAUUGGCCGACAUCAAAACGCAAUCUCUGUAAAAUUUCCCCCACUGAUUUAUCAAUUUUUUUUGUUCGUUUUGUUUAUCACACCGUGAUUCUCAACGUUUGACGAAUGUUCGGGAUAUUCAUCAGAUACUCGGCGACAACGUACAUCAUGCUGAUGCCAUCACCACCAUCGCUAGCCCAUCAUCAGCAGCAGCAGCAACAACAGCCGUGAUGUAAACGGCUGCAGGUGAUGUGAUGUGUAGAGUACUUGGAGCAAUAUGGAGUUCUGUUCCCUGUAGCUUAAAAUACUUUGUAGUGGGUAGAUUUUUGUUUUCAAUUACAGGAGACCUACCAAUUAUUCCGAUUGCAUUGCGGUUGAUUUAAUACUUGUUUUCUUUUGUUGAAAUAAUCUUUAAGGCUACGCUUUCGCAGAACAAUGACAACAAGAGACGGAUAGCACGUUUUUUAAUGUUGCAGUUCACGAUUAGGGUUUUUUUUCGCAUUCUUCAACAAUAAUCAACACAAUAAUAAUUACAUAAGUAAUAUUGUAUUAGUAGUAGUAGUAAUACUGACAAUUAAUAAUUACAGUAGUAGCAGUAGUAAUAAUAAUGUGAAGAUUAUUAUUUAGCAGGAAUGAGA